AAUGCAAUAUAAUUAAAGCUAGCCAAACCAUGUACAAGUUCAUAAAAUUUUGACUAAUAACUCCCCUAAUCAACCAAAUGAACUACUAAUAAUGAUACUGUCAGUUUAAAGUUUUCUUAACAAAAUCAAAACACCUCGUUCAACGAAUCACAUGACUGUUUACUAUAUAGAUUCUCAGACAUUAUCUUUAUUUCCUUUUCCUUUUUCAUUUUCUUCAACUAUGUUUCAACAAGUGGGAACCUUUUGAUUUUGAGCUUGAUACUGUACGUGUUAGCAUUCACUCUCCAGUCUCCAAAGUCCACUCUAUUUCCCUUCUCAUCUUAAAUUUUCCUUUCCUCCUAGCUUGUUUUCAGAACCAACAGAGUCUGUGUUGUAUAAAAACAUGUUACUUUCAUCAUAAUUUCAAAGUUUGUUGCAACCUGUUUCUCAGAACCCAUUUUUUGUUUUUGUUUCACCUUAUUUCAAGCCACCAAUGCAGUUUUCUUGUGUUUUAUCUUCACUUUCAUGGCUAUGGUUUGGAGGUUUGGGUUUGGCCAUGGCAGCAAGUGGAAGUAGCAGCUCCAAAGAACUUGAUCGAACACCAACAUGGGCUGUUGCUGCUGUCUGCACUGUUUUCAUCUUGAUUUCCAUCACCCUGGAGAAGAGUCUUCACAAAUUGGGAGUGUGGUUAGGAAAAAAGCAGAAGAAGGAUUUGCUGGAAGCUUUGGAUAAGGUCAAGGCUGAGUUGAUGAUCUUAGGUUUCAUUUCACUGCUUUUGACUUUCGGGCAGAGUUACAUUGUCAAAAUAUGCAUUUCUUCCAAAGUUGCAAAGAAAAUGUUGCCAUGUGCAUAUGAUUAUAAGACUACAGGCAAAGCAUCUAGUAGUAGUGAAGAGGGAAAUCUCAGGAAACUUCUGUCUUAUGAACAUAGAUAUUUAGCUGCUGAUACGACCUCGUACAAAUGCAGCAGGGAGGGACAUGAGCCACUGUUAUCUGUCAAUGGAUUGCACCAGUUACACAUCCUCAUAUUCUUUCUAGCAGUUGUCCAUGUACUUUACAUUGCUAUCACAAUGCUUCUUGGGAGACUAAAGAUACGUGGAUGGAAGGCUUGGGAGGCAGAGACUUUAACUGAUGGGUAUGAGUUUGCCAAUGAUGCUUCAAGAUUCAGGCUCACUCAUGAAACAUCAUUCGUGAGAGCUCAUACCAGUUUUUGGAUAAGGAUGUCUAUCUUAUUUUAUAUUGGUUGCUUCUUUAGGCAGUUUUAUAGGUCUGUGCGUAAGGCUGACUACCAGACUGUGCGCAAUGGAUUCAUCACUGUCCAUUUGGCUCCUGGAUCUAAAUUUAAUUUCCAAAAGUAUAUCAAGCGAACAUUAGAGGAUGACUUCAAGGUAGUUGUAGGAGUCAGUCCUGUCCUUUGGGCAUCUGUUGUAGUUCUCCUGCUCCUAAAUAUUAAUGGAUGGCGUACAACAAUAUGGGCAACCUUGAUUCCUGUUAUUAUGAUUUUGGUUGUUGGAACAAAACUUCAAGCCAUAUUGGCAAAGAUGGCUCUUCAAAUCACAGAAAGACAAGCUGUUGUUCAAGGAAUGCCUCUUGUGCAAAGCUCAGACAGAUACUUUUGGUUUGGUCAGCCUCAGUUAGUUCUUCAUCUUAUCCAUUUUGCUUUGUUCCAGAAUGCGUUCCAGAUAACAUUUGUCUUGUGGACAUGGUAUUCUGGGCUGGAAGACUGUUUCCGUGUUGAUUACAGGAUUGCAAUUAUAAAAGUGGCUACAGGGUUUGUGAUGCUAUGCCUGUGCAGCUACAUCACCCUUCCAUUAUAUGCUCUUGUAUCUCAGAUGGGUACAAAUAUAAAACAUUCAAUAUUUGAUGAACAAACAUCCAAGGCUCUGAAGAAAUGGCAAAUGACUGUGAAAAAGAAGCAUGGAACAGCUAAGCUAGGAAAAUCCACUGCACCAAGCAUGGAGAGAAGCACCCCUGGUUCAACAGUGAGCUCCCCUGGACACAUACUUCAUCGGUUCAAAACUACCGGCCACUCAACCCGCUCUUCUGCCUAUGAUUACGAGGAUCAAGAUCAUGAAUAUGAAUCUGAUAUUGAGCUAUCUUCCAUAUCAACAAGGAGCUUGCUUGUAAAAGUUGAUAAUGAUGAGCAACAAGCAGAAGAUACGCAUCAUAGUAAGGGAGAAACCAACAGUGAGGAUGAGUUCACGUUUGGCAAUCCUGGCCUUGUGGAAAGAACCACGAUAUAGGAUUGUAGUUACUCGUAGCAUGUUUGAAUCAGCUCCGCUUUUGUCAGAAUCAAUUCUGAAACACGGAAGCUACUCACAACAGUUUCUCUUUAGAAUUGAAUAUGGCUUCAGAAUCAGCUGAAGUCACUCCUAGUGUGUCCAUCUUUUUCCUUUUUUCAGCUUAUGUUUACCUUUUUUUUAAAAUAUUAACACUUUCUAGGGUAUGGAUAUUUUAAAUCUUAGGUGAUCAGGUUAGUACAUUCAUGUUCAUAAAUUGCUUGUCCGUAUUGGGAAUUUCAUGCUGAUACAUUUGAUCCAUGCUUGAGCAAAGGCUCGUAUUGUACAUAAUGAAUAAAAGUUUUGAUAUACUGUCAUAGUGUCAUUGUACAUUAUCAUAUAAUGAUGUGAAAAUAUCUUGUAACAA